UGCCUGCUCGCCUUCCCUUCUGCACAAUCCAACAUGGAGUAAUGAGAGAUGGGGCUCGUACGGGGCCACCCUCAGCAACAUCAACCGCGCAUUUAGCACCACAGCCAGGUCGGAAUACAUGCAAAUGCUCCUUACGGGAAAAAAUAAGCAAGCGUUAUUCAAUUUCGUCUGCGGAUUUCGCGUCCCUUUCCAUUUUCAUCAGCAAAUGGUUAGCUCCAGAGGGAAAAAAAGAGACACGAAAAGCCAUCAGGAACGGAGGGACGAAGAGGAGAACAAAAACAAACAGAAUACGAAAAAGGGCUAAACAAGUCACUAGUAGUGCGAUAUGUGAGGGAUUUAUUCGGGGGGGAAAGGGUGGCAAGAAAAAAUGACGUGCGAAAAGAAUGCACCCGUUGUGGGAUUUUGUGCUAGGUGAAAAGAGAAAAUGAUUGAAGAAACACACCCAAACGAUGACAGUUACAUCGUACGUGUCAAAGCUGUGGUAAUGACCCGGGAUGACUCGAGUGGGGGUUGGUUAGCGCAGGAGGGUGGAGGGCUCAGCCGAGUUGGUGUCUGCAAGGUGGCACCUGCUGAGCUGAGUGGCCACAGCGACUUCCUCAUCCACGGAGAGCGGCUCAAAGACAAGCAGGUGGUUCUGGAAUGUUUUGUGAGGAAAGAUCUUAUCUACACCAAGGCCACACCCACGUUUCAUCACUGGAAGGUUGACAACAAAAAGUGUGGCCUCACGUUCCAGAGUCCUGCUGAUGCCCGUGCUUUUGACCGAGGUGUACGGAAAGCCCUGGAGGACAUAACAGAAGGUUCCACAACUUCCUCUUCAACACUCCACAAUGAAGCUGAACUUGGAGACGACGAUGUUUUUACAACAGCCACUGACAGCUCAUCCAACUCAUCCCAGAAAAAAGAGCAGGCCAUGCAGCCACUGACCACCUCCACCUUCUAUGAACCGCACCAGCAUCACCAUCACUACAUUCUGGGUCAUUUCCAUGAGCAGUACAGAACCUCAGAGCGCUACUUUCUUGACCAGGCAGCACCCAGGUUGGCGAGGCGUGUCAGCUUCCUAGAUGAGGAGGAGGAGGUUGUGCGCAUAAACCCACGCGAGCGUGCUUGGCUCUCAGGCUAUGAGGACUACCGGCAUGCAGCAGCGCGUGCUCAGGGUCUCGACUCAUACGUGCACUUCGCCAAAGGGGAUGCACCAGCCAAACAUGACUACAGCUAUCCGUAUGCACAGGGCUCGGAACUGAGCAAGGGCCCUCACCGAGGCUCUGGGGGUAGAGCUGUGGUUUCUCAGCCAGUCAGCUUCAAACACAAGGACGAUGAGGAAGAGGGUUUGGGUGAGAGGAAACAUUGUGUCUACUGUGGUGUUUUUUUCCGGCAUGAAGAGAACGGCCGUGGUCGCUGCCCUGAUGCUCCAGACCCGGCACGCUCAUGCAUUCGACGCUUCAGCUGCAUGUGGUGUGCAGAUAGCCUGCUCUACCACUGCAUGUCCGAUCCAGAGGGUGAUUACUCUGAUCCCUGCUCGUGUGACACGGCCGACGAACGUUUCUGCCUGCGCUGGCUUGCCCUGCUCGGCCUUGCGCUGCUCGCGCCCUGUCUCUGCUGCUACCCGCCGCUGCACGCCUGUCACCGAUGUGCCGUGGCCUGUGGCUGCUGUGGCGGAAAGCACAAGGCCGCUGCAUGACCUCUGACACUGAUCCCACCCAAAAUAUCACAUGUUGACCGCACCCAGAUAAAUGGCGGCAUUGAGGAAGGCAGCAGGAGGCAGGAAGAAAGUUCAUUGUGUCUUUUCAGUUUCUUUUUCAGUCUGUCUCAAUUCCUUCUCCAGACAGACAAAAAGAAAAAAAAUGGUGCAUUUAAAUGGCUUGAAUAUUUUUUCCUUUUUAUAUAAAAUGAACAUGUG